UGUGGCUACUGUUCUCUCUCUCUCACGUCGGGCUGACCUCCCCUCCACAACCCCUUCUCAGACUCAGACUUGGCCAGCCGUAAGUUGGUGCGACCGACCGACCGAUCUCUCUCCGUAGUUUCAAGCGAAGGAUAUCGAUUUUCGUUUUGUGGGGCGGUCUAUGUGUUCGCUAGUACGUGUGUGUUUGUGUGUGUGUGCGUCAGUGUGUGCUGUUCGCCAGUGCGUACGCAAAGGAGGGACUUCAGUGAGUCACACACACACACGGUGGAGACCAGGGAACGUGUGUUCAUGAGUGUCUGACGUCACAAACGUGCAGGAGAACGCGACAAAAACGUUGGAGUUGGACCUUGCGGCUAGAAGUAACACCUGCCAGCCACCCACAGACUGGGUAGCACUGUUCUCCCACCAACCGCCCAUGCCAGGACACCACAGUGUGGGAGGUUUAGAAGAGAGCUAGAGGCUCCCGUGUGGAAAACUGUGAGACAGGAGAAGUUACGCCACUUCUGUGUGUAAUUAGUACCCAGCAACCUGUGGCAGUCAUCCAUGGGAUGAGGAGAGGAGUUGUACAGUAGGACCGAGCGCCGGAAAGUGUGGGAGUUGUGCUCUGUGACACACACACACUGACACACUGACACGCUGAAUGACACUGACAUUCAGGGACACAUCAGAGACGUAUUGGACUGUAUAUUCAGUGAGUGUGUGUAUGACACCCACACUGACACACUGACACGCACACGGACACAUCACAGACGUAUUGGAUUGUACAUUCUGCGAGUGUGUGUAGUGUGUGCUUAUGACACACGCAGUGACACUCACCCUAUCAGCAAAUUCCGUGAGAGUGUGUGUAUUUUUGACGCGCACACACUGACAGACCAGCAAAUUCUGUGAGUGAGUGUAUAUUUUAUCGUCGCUGUCAUCAUCACCGUCAUCGGCACUUUCAUCAUGCAGGAAGAGGAGAAGAAGCGGAGUCUGAUUGUACGGGAUAACUCUUGUG